AUGGACAGCCAAUUGGUGCCCCAGUUACCAUGGGAGAUGGCUAUCAACAGCCUGGACCCUCUUAUCCAAGACACCUUCCUGGGGUCCAGUCGGCCAGCUUCUCCGCUCCCAUUUGUCAAGUAGGUGUUACCAUCACUUACAAAGUCAUCAAAUUCCACCUUUUACUAAAUCAUUGCAGGGAUCCCAGUGUUGUGUUUGUUGGGCCUAAACGCGAUUACAACGGUGGAUUCGAAGAAUGUCAGAACGCCGGCGAGAUCAACUACGCACAAUGGUUUGAUGACACAGAGAUGGAUGUCGUCAUCCCAGGCUGGGAGUCCACACACUCACUCAAUGUUAACAUACCAAAUAUAACACCAGAGACAGUCCCUCAAUCCAUAUACCCAGAAAGGUAGUAAUAAUUUCAGCUCUUUCCUCCAUGUCCUUCUAAACUGUACUUAUUGUUUCCCUUCAGUGAUCAGACCGGCUUCUCAUCGCCAGGCAGCACUUACUCUUCCGGAGAAUGGAGUACAGGCGGAGAUUCUACGAUGACACAAGAAGACAUACUGGAAGAGAUUCAGCGAGAAUGCGCCGAGAUCGAGCGUCACUCUCAUUCGCCUCCUUCUACGUCAUCAAGGGUAAGAUAAAACGUCCGAGGGAUAAAUUCCGCCUUAGAAAUUGAAGGUUCGACGUUCUCACAAACGCACAGACAUCAGCAACGACGACCGAAAGAAGCAAUUGAACCGCGUCGCCGCCACCAGAUACCGCGAGAAGAAACGCCGAGAAAAAGAGCAGCUGUGGGUCGAGGAAAAACAUCUGACCGACCGCAACCGACAACUUAAUGAGACCGUCAUCGACCUCAAGGCCGAGAUCGGUUACCUUCGCAAGCUUCUCAAGGACAUGGAACAGCGUUCACGCUCUGCUUGA